AUGGACGGACAUGGGCUGGAUUGGAAUAUCCAACGCCCAACUGCUCCAAGCGACUGCAACACUGCUUCACCAGCGGGCACCAUAACACACCUCGAAUGGGUCAAAAGCCACAAUGGAAACGAAGGAAAUGAAAGCAUGGACAGACUAGCGAGCACGGGUACAGAGCCAUCACAAAACGGAAAUCUGACUGUAAUAAUCCCAGAUCGCUUCAGGCUGACAGGUGCCAAACUACCAAAGCACAUAGCUGAUACCCCAGUGCGCACACAAACCAGCAAGGAACCAGAUGAGAUGAGCCAAGGCAUCAAAAACCUAUGCGGAAGGACGUUGACCGUCGCUCAGAUGUGGGAAGUGAUACACCGCAAGGAUUUCUCGAGAUCUUAUCCCAAAUUCAUCUGGAGAGUUGUCCGUGCAGGAUUCAAAUGCGGAACCUAUAGGUCAAACAUCCAAAAUUACAAACACAGAGGGAAAUGCACAUGCUGCAACGAGGAAGCCGAAACAAUCAAACACAUGCUCAUAGUAUGCUCCGCGCGAAGAAGAAUGAUGACCCGGGACGUCGUGAAAAGACUAUGGCAGAGAAAAGGCCGACCUUGGCCGCGGGAUUUGGACUACGCAAUGAUACUGGGAUGUGCAGUUAGCGACUUCGAAGCGGCAAAUGGAACGCGACUAACCGGCGUAAACAGUAUGUGGCGCAUCCUGCUCUCUGAAUUAGCCAACAUAAUAUGUGGUGACGCGCAAUUCCCGCAGGAGCAGCGCGGUGUUCUCAAUCGUGGGAUGUAA